AUGACUGACCAAGGUGAGGAUGAUCCCGAGCUCGCAACACUUACUGCACAUGCCGACGGAGAUCCCCCACAAGCCAUAGUGGUUACCCCAGGCCAGACCGCCUGUGAUGUGAAACCCCACGUGAUUGCAAUCCUACCAACGUACUGUGGGAAGAGUUACGAGGGACCCUACGAGUUCUUAAAUGAGUUCUGCAAGAUCUGUAAGGCGCAGAGGCGGCCAGCAGGAGCAAGCGAGGAUGAUUACAGACUGAAGGCCCUACCUUUUGUCUUAAAGGGAGAGGCCAACACCUGGUUCAUGCGCCUUCCAGCCGACUCCAUCAAUACAUGGGCCGAUUUCAAGUCAGUCUUCCUAGCCGAGUUCUUCCCAUCUUCAAAGACAAGUGCAUUGAAGAGGAAAAUAUCGUGCAUAAGGCAAGAAUAUGAUGAAACCCUGAGCGAGUACUGGGAGAAGUACAUGAGUCUUCUGGAGUCGUGCCCUAACCAUCGCAUGAAGGAGAUAGAGGUGCACCACACCUUCUAUGAGGGGAUGAACAAGGAGACCAAGGAUCUGGCGAAUUCAUCAUACGGAGGAGAUUUCACCCAGUUGAGAGUCAGUGAAGCCAAAAAGGUGUUACGCAAGCUGUUGAAUGCGAAGAAAACGUAUGAUAACGCAAAGGAUGGGUACAGCAGAGAAAGGGUAGCAAGUGCUUCGGCUACUGACCAGGAGGAACGAAUGGAUUUGAAGAUGGAGGAAUUAAAGAAGGAGUUGUUGACUGCAAUCAAGCAGAACACUCCACCACCUUCUCCGACUGGAGGCAAAAAGGCCCCAGAACUACCAAAUGAUCAGCCGGACAACUCGCUAGAUGUGGAGCAAGCAAAUGCCGCAGGAUACUACAAUUCCAACGGCAAUUGGAUUCCGGGAAGGCAGAGGGAUGCACCAUGGAGGGACCACCAAAACUUUCGAUGGGGAGAUGGAAAUCAGAAUCAGAACCAAAAUCAGGCUCCAAAUCAACCCAACCCCCACCCGAACCAAAAUUCCAACCGUGGCCCAACAAACCCUGACUACCAGUCUAACUGGGUAGGAAGAAACCAGCAUCCUCAGAACCAAAACCCUCAAAACCAGAACCCGAACCCCGCCUAUGUGCCACCCCAUCAGCGAAACAACCGUAACCAAAACCGUGAACCAAUUUAA